CGCGGGGCGGGGGCGGAUGGGCACACUCGGGGUCUCGGCCCGCGCGGCAGUAGCACGGGACGCAGCGGCCCGGGGCCGGUGCUCCGCUCUGAGCUCUGACUUUCGGGUCCCCUCGGCCCCGCCCGGGCACUGUCCCCCGGCGGGUGGGAGCGCUGUCCCCGCCCGUGGCUGCCCUCCAGCCGUGCAGAGCCCAGCCGGCCGGGGCCGCUGCCCUGCGGUCAUUCACCUGUCCGGGGCAGCUGAGAGCUGCUGGCCGCGUAGGAGGCUCAGCAACACCGCCGGCUCCUCACAUGUCCUGCCGGGGACCGACCGCCUGCUCCUGGGUCACCGUGGUUGUAACUUUCGUCCCCUUUUAUGAUUACAAAAUCUUAGGAACUUCUGGAGCAACGUCUAAAUGGAAAUAUCAAGUGUCGUUAAUGGUCUAGGACACUUGAUAAAAAGAUAAAAACCCCUGGGCAUAAGGCUCCUUCAAAACUUGAGAAGAAGGCAGUGCCCCAGCCUCUGAGCGCCCAUCUACCCAGGACCAGAAACCCAACACCAAGUUAAUGACAUGAACACGGUAGCCGGGUUCAUGGUCUCAGUGGGGCCCUGGUCUCAGUGUCGCAGUCUGUCCGGGCUUUGGGGAGACAGAGGGUGCGUCUGGACCUGACGGACUGUUCCCCCAUCGCUGGAUGUGCGCUCACUUGGCAGCUCCAGGCCACCUGCCGACAACCAGCUCCGUGCCUCUGCGAGCAGCGGCCCCCUCCUCCCCGCUCUGUUUGCAGCAUCUAGCGGGGCUGGCCUUCAGUCACCCGGGGGCGAGCAGCCUGCUUUCCAGGCCUCUGCAGACGCGAGAGUGUGAACACGAAGACUCUGACCAUGCUCCAGGCCGCCCACGCGUAAGGGGGACCAGACACUAACACUACCGUCGCAACUGGCUCCCCACCAGGGCGCCACCGAGAGGGAAAAGAGGCCCUAUUGAAAAUUAUGCUGAGGGGACGGCCACACACUCCAUGACCCGCUGCAGGGUCCAGCUCCCCACACCGGAACCUCUAGUAUCUUCCUAAAUGAAAAAGUCCUCUCUAAGAUAACAGGCUUUGAAAAACCAUAGCUUCAUCUGCCCGCCAUGUGGAGCUGCCCACUCAACGGCACGGGCGGCGAGGACCAGCUCCCCUGCCAGCACGUCCAGCGGGCCCUGUCCGCCCUCUCGCUGCUCUACCUGCUUGUCGGCGUCCCCCUCGGCCUCGGCUACAAUGCCCUGCUGCUGCUGGUCAACCUGCACGACCCGGGCGGUAUGACCAUGCCCGACGUCUACUUCGCCAACAUGGCCGCGGCCGGCCUGGUCCUCGGCGCCCUGGCGCCUGCGCACCUGCUGGGCCCCGGCGCCGCCGGCUGGGCCGUGUGGGACGCGGGCAGCGAGGUCCACGUCACGCUGCUGGUGCUGUUCAACGUGGCGGCGCUGGUGACCCUGUACUCCACGGCGCUGCUGGCCCUCGACUGCUACAUCGAGCGGGCGCUGCCGCGCACCUACAUGUCGAGCGUCUACAACACCAGGCACGUGUGCGGCUUCGUGUGGGGCGGUGCCCUGCUCACCGGCUUCUCCUCCCUGCUCUUCUACAUCUGCGGCCACGUGGCUGCCAGGCUGGCCGAGUGCUCCCAGGUGCGGCACACGGAGGCGGCCGACGCCAUCAUGCUGCUCAGCGGGUACCUGGUGCCCGUCCUGGCCGUGCUGUACGCGCUCGUGCUCCUCACGCGGAUCCGGAAGGAGGACACGCCACUCGACCGGGACGCGGGCCAGCCGGACCCCUCGGCGCACAGGCUGCUGGUGGCCACCGUGUGUGUGCAGUUCGGGCUCUGGACGCCCCACUACCUGACGCUCCUGGGGCGCACGGUCCUGGCUGCGCGGGGGAGGCCAGCGGACGGGCACCACCUGGGGGCGCUGCUCCUCGCCAAGGACCUGUCCAGGUUCCUGGCCUUCGCUAGCAGCGCUGUGGUGCCGCUUCUUUACCGCCACAUGGACAGAAACUUCCCCGGCAAACUCCGGCGGCUGAUGAAGAAGCUGCAACGUGGGCCCCAGAGCUGCUCCUUGGACGAAGCGGGGGCACAGCCGGCGAUGGCGUAGACGCUGCUCCACGGGCCUCGGCCAACCGAGGGGCAGACGGCGCGUGGCAGAAGGCACAGCCCGCAGGGACCGGGUCCCCCGCGCCCGCUGCUUGCUCCCCCCCCCCCCGCGUCCAGGAGACUUGCUGGCCCUGCAUCACCCGCUCCCUCCCUCCCUCUCCCCAGGAGACCAGGCAGAGCCAGGCGAGUCCCCCACAAGAAGCCACCCUCAGGCCGAGGCCGUGAUGUCCGAGCAGCAGGUGCCAGGCGUGAGGAUGAGCUGGGCCAUCGGGGUACCUGGCCGCCCGCAGGGUGUGUGCUUGUCUCCUACGGGCGCCUUUCUGGUCCACGCCUGCAGCAGCCUGCUUCCCUCAGCCUCACGUCUGGCUUUCAAAUGAGUGAUGAAAAUCUAACGCCACUAUUUAUACUUUGUAUUGUUAAAAUACUCCAUCCCCCCUCCCUCUUGUUUUGUUGUGUAUGAAGAGACGUUUGGUAGGAAAGUCAGAAGGUAUUAAAAUGAAGGAGACACACGGAAGCGCACUCGGGGGAUGGGUGGGUGGUGGGCUCGCGGGGCCGGAGCUGCUGGCGACUUGCGUGCAUGCGGACGUGGUGGGCGAAGAGUCCGGACGGGGCCUCUCCUGACCCUAGGUGUGCCCCCGGGUCACGUCUGCUGUCGCUGGGCCUGCGUGGGUCUGUCCUAAACAAGUCCCCAAAGCGCACAAAAGUAAAUAAA